UUUUUCUGGGCGUGGCACGCCUAGGAUGAAAGUCUGAGAUCUCCCAGGCUCCUCCCAUGACAUCACGAAGACACUACUCUUUGCCACGAACUCUAAUGACUCCUCGCUUGUAUUCCGAAGGGGCGCUGGGCGGCAUUGCCCAAAUCACCCCCUUCCUGUACCUCAGCAAGGGCAGCGUCGCCGCCAACCGGCAGCUGCUCCUAGCCCGCGGGAUCACCUGCGUCAUCAACGCCACCAUCGAACUCCCGAACUACAACUUCCCAGAUUUUGAGUAUGUCAAAGUGCCUGUGGCCGACAUGCCCAAUGCCCCCAUCUCGCUCUACUUCGACAGCGUGGCCGACAAGAUCCAGAGCGUGGCACGAAAGCACGGCGUCACCCUGGUCCACUGUGCGGCCGGCGUGAGCCGGUCAGCCACCCUCUGCAUCGCGUACCUGAUGAAAUACCAGAACGUCACCCUGUACGAGGCUUACAACUGGGUGAAGUCGAGACGCCCCGUCAUGCACCCAAACGUGGGCUUCUGGAGACAGCUCAUUGAUUACGAGCGAGAGCUGUACGGGAGGAACACCGUCAAAAUGGUGCAGACGCCAUACGGCGUCAUGCCGGAUGUUUAUCUGCGGGAAAGACGAAACUUCGUGCCUUACUGGGGGAUCUGAACAGAGCGGACAAGAGCAAAAGGGAUGAAAUAUUCCAAAACUACCAGAACAGAGGAUUUCACCGUCUCUUCUUGCAGUCAGCUUUGGUUCUUUCCGAAACCGCCAAACCUCCGAUGCAUUUUCAAAGCACUAAACCAGCAACCCCAUAAUCCUGGGGGGCCUUAAUCCUACGUCCGGUGGAGUCAACU